CGCUUGAAAAGUGUAAUUUUCAAUGAGCGUUUCUUCAGCAUGUCUCGGUUAAACAAAUUUAUCUUAUUCCGGAUUCUCUGGAGAUCAAACACCACUGUGCCAGACGAGCCAAAGAAAAGUCUAUUUCAGAAAUUAGUUGAUCAUUUCAAGAAUGUUGCAAGUGAUUAUAAAGAUGUUGCUAUAGAAACAGCUAAAGACAUGAAAGAACGACCAAUAAAAUCCGGGAUCUAUAUUUCUCUACUUACCACAUCAGUUGUACUUUGGAAAACAAAUCCUGGUGAGAAGGAAUACCAUGCUCGACUGACUGAAAGUGUAACAGAUCUAAUGUUGGUGGGAGAACGUAUUCGCAAUCCUGAAAGUGUCGCCAAGAUAAAUCAAUUGUCAAGUUUAGCAAAUGAUGGAAAACUCAGGUGUUACAAUAUAGGUAUUUGUUCACUCAUGUGUUUAAAAAGUCAUGGACCAGAAGUGAAGCUAUAUUCUUCCACCUGUAAAUAUAUUAACCCACACUGGACUGAAUUUUAUAAAACUAUCGUGGAUGUAGGCAUAUUUGGAAAAUGGAUUAAACUGGAGGAAUCAAUGAAAGACUUUGAUAUCAAUCCAGGUGAAUGGAAUGAGGAUGGACAGCCAAACCCGAACUUUAAAUUCUUUAAUAGUAGUUUAGUGUCGUGGGAUAUGAAAUUGAAAUAACACUUUGUGAUAAUGAACUAUAUAUCUUUUUAUGUUGAGUAUUGUCCACAGCCUGAAAAGUCGGGCCCCAUAUAAGUUUGAAAAAAUGAAUGUUAUGCAAUGAAAUGCAUGAUUUAUAAGUAUUUGGAAUAUGUUAAAAAAAAAUCAUAUGCUUAGUUCUCCUGUUGGAGCCAUUCUUAAAAUGGAAAAGAAUGAUUUUUAUUACUUAAUUAAAAAAUGAAUUAUCACAUUGACUUUCCCUUUUUAUAAUAUUAAAAUUUUGUAUAAACCUUUGAAUAAUGUUAUUACAACAAUAAAUAGAUCUUUUCAUAAGAGACAUGUAAAAAAAAUUACAUAAGUUUUGUUUUGCAUUAUAACACCAUAUUAUAAUGAUUGAGAAUGAUAUAGAAAUAUAUAUACAUCUAUAGAGCAGUGUUUUUUUCUACUUUUACGCAGUUGUGUCUUUGAAAAAUUCAAGGGACCUAAUGAUUGUAUUCUGAAUAAUACAUUUCAUGUUAACAGGUUGUUUCCCUUUAUACACAAGCAAUUUUGAAAAUACAUUUUUUGUCUUCAACUCUUGUUAGGUUAAUGAAGCGUAAAUUAAAAACAAUUUAAUAUUCUUACUUUUCUCAAAGUUACAUUUUCUUAUUUUGUUUUAUUACUGAAAUUAAAGUUUUUACAAAAUGUUACACAUUUAAGGUUUUGGUGGAUUUCUUUGAAAACUAGACACUAACAUGAAUAUUGUCAGUGAGAUGGAACAUGUAAAUAUGAGUUUUGUAUGUAGAUUUUUAGCUUACUAGAUGCAAGGGUUCAAAAUAAACUUUAAGAGUA